UGCGGCAUCAUUAUAUUAAAUACUAUAUUAAAUACCAUAUUAAAUAUAAGAAAGUACACGUGCUUUAUCUUCAGUAUUAAAGAUAAACAGAAAAUAUUAAUAUUUCACAAAUAUAUUGCUUUCCUCAUGAACCGGAUUUUGUCUUUUUAGUGAUUGUUCAAGAACAUACAAUUUAACAAUGGCGUAUACAGCAGUGUGUAAAGCUCAUUCAAGAUCGGCAUCUUCAAUUUGUUUCACACACGGGACAUUUUUGUGUAUUAAAUGUCUGCUUGAAAAGGUUGAAGAGAAAGAAGAUUGUAUCAAAUAUGAUAUGACUGACAUCACAGACGAAAAAUACCAAACAAAGCUGACGUUUUUGACAAUGCAACAGCGUGCUUUGAAGCAACAAGAAACGUUUACUUACAGAAUCAAAGAGGUUAAUAAGGAACAAGAAAAUUUGGUUAAACAAGUGGAAGAGGCAAAAGAAACGCUUAUUAAAGAUAUAAAGGACAAAGCUUACAAUAUUUUGAAAGCAAUAAAUAAUGAAGGUAAUACAAUUGAAUCGAAAUACCAAGUUUUCGUGAAAGAAAUCGAUGAACAGUUAAAACCUUUAGAAGCGGAUAUUAAACGCAUGGAAUCUGCAGAUUCAGAUAUUGCUAAAAUUCGGAGAUCGAUAGAGAUUUUGGAGAAAGAGUUGACAGAAAAAUACGUAGUUUUUGGCACAGUUACAGCCGACUUUGAAACAGACAAAAAACUAACAGAAACAUUAAAAGGCCUUGAUUCUCUUGGUAUCUUCGUUUUGGCAGAGAUGGAAGAUUACGAACCGAUUGGCGGUGAAGACAACAAGGCAUUUGCAAACGACGAAAUUGAAAAGACAAAUGUGAGGGAAACAAAGAAAUCAGAAGGAAUCGACAUUAAAGAUGAAGGUGAAACGAUCUACAUAAGGAAAACAGAGAACACAGAGAUAACUUUUAACAGAGACAUCCCCUGCGCUUCUGCAAAUGACGAAUCCGAUAUUUAUUUAAAACCAAUAACAAGAGAUAUUGUUGAGGCAGAAAGUAAUAAAUCAGAAUUUGAAAAUAAAGAAGAAGAAAAACCACGACUGCCUGUACCGAGAAGAUCGCAAUUACAAAGCGACGAUAAGAUUGCAGAUAAGUCAAAAUGCUGUUGCAACUAAAUGAAGGACAACAUAAAAAAAAACAUGUUCGCUUAAUCGUGAUUGUUUUAUACUUCAACGC